UUAUCCUGUCGUUCCAUUUGUCUGCAAAAAAAACAUUACGAGGGGGAUCACCGAUGUCGCGAUUUCUAUUCGUCAUGAAAUCAACUUCAAUGUCGUAAUUUUCGCGAAACGUCGCAGCGCGAACGUCUCGGAUACGCCUCCACACCGCGAUAAAACCCGAAGGAACCACGCGAGGAAAUCCGCGCGCGAGCGGAACGCGUUCACGGUUCGCAGAUAAAAAUGUAGGGUUACUUAACCUCGCCACGGACGAGCGAAUGCACCCCACAAGUCUCGCGGAAGUUGGCGAGGCGCAGCGCAAGACACGCGUGUUGUUCCGUUCCUGCUUCGCGAAACGAAGCGUUACGCAACGCGAGGCGCAUAUUUCGGCUGGUACGGGCGCACGAUGAGCGACAUCGAAAACCCGGAGAACCCGGACUCCCCCAGGUCAUAUUACGCGCUGCUGGUCGCGUUCAAGACCAUGAAGGAACGCUGUCAGCAACUGCAGACGCGACUGACUAUGGUGGAGGAAGAGAACGUCUGUCUCAGGCUCAAGUGUGGCAGAGAUGCGUCCACGGAUGUCACGAGAGCUGAUGGCAACAAUGCUGAUAAAGAUGUACAAACGCUGCAGGAAAAGGUAGAAGAGCUUACGAAACAGAAGUCGCAGCUUACUCAUCAUGUUAUCAUGGUAGCCACGGAGAAUCGUCGAUUAUGGGACAGAUUAACGAAACUAACGAAAACUAAUAAAUCUUUAGGUAGCCAAUUAACAAAAAUUUCAGAUACGCUUAAGCAACAUCCUCCCGCACAGCCGUCUGAUAUCUUAUCGUAUAGCUUUCGUGAUAUCACUGUUUCGGAUAAACAAGAUGCUAACAAGAAACACUUAUUAACUACCGAUAAUGGUGAUAAGGAACAUAGUUUAGAGGAAAUAUCCCUUCGACUGAUAAAUAGUAUUAAGUUAGAAAAGUCUACUCUCGAACAACAAUAUGCAGAGAUGGUGGAGUUACAGAAUGGUUCUGAAUUAAAUUUACAAAAUAUCGGCUUCACAUAUCCAGAGGAUUCCGACAUGGAUUCGUUGGAGCAAUUGAAGCAACAUGAAAUUCGGUUAUCUCAAACUAAAGAUGCCUUAUUAAGACAGCAAACUAGAUUACAAAGGGCUCUACAGAACCUCAAGAAACUGAAGCAAGGGGCAACGUGUAACAAUUGUCGAAAGAAUGCAAAUAAAAAAAUGUGUCAAAUGGGUACUCAAUCUGAUUCUGACGACAGCUUCAAGGAACACGGAGCUACUCAGACUAGUCUUAUGACACCCAGCAUUUCGAUGGAAAAGUGUACUGCUAAACACUCGGAUUAUUCCGACAUGGACAUCAAUAUAUGUCCGUUGUGUGGAAAAAGUUACGGAAAGUCCGUCUCGUUUGCGGAAUUCCAUGAACACGUGUUAAGUCAUUUCACCAAGGAACUGUCUUUAGAUGGUUUGAAUUCUUGCACUGAUUUCCGCACGUAGAACAAAUUGAUACGUCCAGACAAUGUGCGCUAUUGCCCUCGUAUGAUUUCGACGCGUAUAUAUACGAGAUUCGUGUUUUAAUUAGAUUUACGGAAUAUUGAAGUGUAGAUACACGUUAGUUAAUAGCAUAAAAACGAUACAACGGAUCAGGAUGAAACAAAGAAUAAUUACUAUGCAUUGCACACAGAGAUGUAUCUAUUUUUAUAAUAAUAAAUAGCGAAUUAAGAAACAUUUGUUUACCAAUUGAACAAAAACUAAUAAAUAUUCUACUUUCCAUGUAAAGCGUUAUAUGUACAGCGCACUGUGGGAAAUUCAACUAUAUCAAUAGACUUCGUUAUUUUAGUUGAAUGAAUAUCUUCUACAUAUAUCGACAUUUUGUUAAACGAGCUCUAUCGAAUUUUGGAAGUUUACUUUCAUAUAUUUUUAUAAAUGCUUUGUUAAAUUUGUAUAUC